CAUACUGAUUGUGUUUGAGUAAGUAACGGCUCAGCUGACGGUGUCUGUCUCCCCGAGCAUGUGUUUAAUGAGGACAGAGCCGAGCAGACCUGACCAAGACACUCGCCAUGACUACGCCGUUUUCUCCUCCGCUUUACAUGCAGCGAUACCAGUUUGUUAUCGACUAUGUGAAAACUUACCGACCUAAGAAGGUCAUCGAUUUCGGAUGCGCAGAAUGUUGCUUACUAAAAAAGCUUAAGUUUCACCGCAACGGUAUACAGUUACUCGUUGGAGUUGAUAUCAACAGCGUCGUCCUCCUGAAGAGAAUGCACACAUUGGCUCCACUUAUAAGUGAUUAUCUACAGCCAAGUGAUGGGCCUUUGACCAUUGAGUUGUAUCAAGGCUCUGUCACAGAAAGGGAGCCCUGCACCAGAGGAUUUGAUCUUGUGACAUGUGUCGAGUUAAUCGAACACCUGGAGCUUGUGGAGGUGGCAAGCUUUUCUGAGGUGGUGUUUGGCUACAUGUCACCAGGUGCCGUGAUCGUAAGCACACCAAACUCAGAGUUCAACCCACUGCUGCCGGGCCUGAGAGGCUUCAGGAACUAUGACCACAAGUUCGAAUGGACCAGAGCGGAGUUUCAAACUUGGGCUCACAAUGUGUGUAGAGACUAUGGCUACUCCGUGCAUUUCACGGGAGUUGGAGAAGCUGUUGGCCACUGGAGAGAAGUGGGAUUCUGUACCCAGAUUGCCGUGUUCCAGAGGAAUUUCCAUGAUUCCAUGAGCAAUGCUGAGCGCUUGGAACCCUCAGUCUACAGACUGAUGUACAAAGUAGUGUAUCCGAGCCUAAGUGAUAACAACAUCUACCAGAGAACUUUAGUUAAUGAAGUCUUGUAUGAGGCACAACACCUGAGACAGGAAUGGCUGAGCAGAAUGGACUCCAGCAAUAAUGCACACUUCUGUGCUCCUCCAUUAAUGCACUUAUUCCAGCAUGGGGCUGAAGGAGGUACACGUGACUGGCAGCCUGUCUACCAGCAAGGUGGCACAAUUUGUGUUCCUUUGGCAUGUGUGUGGUCCAGUCCCAGAGUGAGAGCGCUUUGUGGGAGCGUGCAGCGUCUCCGGCAGGAACUGCUGGAGGAUGAGCGAGUGAGGAUGAGCGCUGAUGGAACGGUGCUAAACCUGCCUGCUGCUGAGGAGGAGGAAGAGGAGAAGGAGGUGGAGGAAGAGGAAGAUGUGAAAGCAGUAUCAGUUGUAGCAAACAGUGUGGAGGAGGACUGGGAUAGGGAGCUUGGGUGUUGUGGAAAUAUAUAACAGAUCCAGAAAGCUUUGUAACCAGAAUAAAAGAAAGAAAGCUGCACUUAAGAUGUUUUUCCUUUUUGACUGUAAGUGUAGAAUCAUCAGUAUGACAGAUUUCAAUUAAAUGGCCAAAUCUGUGAUUGAUGGAGAAGAAAAUCAUUAAACAUGCCAUUAAUAAAAAUGCAAAUAUGUGACUCCACCUUUGAAAUGCGGUUUUAUUUAACAGUGCAUGGUACAUACCUUACCAGCAUCAUAACAGAACACAUGGCAUUGGAAGCCACUAUUGGUCAAAAGUUAGAACACAACAUUGCAAGACGGUCAAAAACGGCAAUGUCACUUUUAAACGUCAGACACCGUACAAUUACAAGGACCAAAAACUUCACAGAAGAGAUUAAAGCCACCAUGUUUUUACAACAUGUAAAGUACCAGGACCUACUUACAGGUUAUGUAAGAGUAAUUAGGAAACAUGGAGGGAAAAAGUGAAUCUUCACACAAUUUCACCAUCACUAAAGCUCUAAUACAUAAAAAUAGACUUUCAUUUUGGCAGUAGAUCAAUUAAAAAAAAACUAAAAAUCAAGUUUAAAAGUAACUCACUCAUAAUACUGAAUGUCUGAUGAAAAGUAAUGAAGCUAAAAUAUCGCAGAAUCCUCUAAGUAUACUGGUAUUUGCAAACAUUCACUACGGAACCCUUAAAGGGACAUGAUGAUGAAGGACAAUAUGUGAUGUGAGAAAAAGUAUAGAUCAACGUUUUUAUAUUUUCUUGCAAAUGUUCCCUUUCAGAAACACUGAUGAAAUGAAAUGUUUGAAGAAAUUUUGUUUUUCCCCAAAAAAUAUUAGCAUUUUCUUGCAAAAUUUUUGCGUUACUUCAAGAGACCUGUUUGCAUGCAAAAUCUGUGUGUUCACUCGCAAACUUUUCAUUUCUAGCGUUUCUUCAUUGAACGCAAAGGUUUUGCAAUUGAACAAAGUUUCUGUAGGCAAUCCAAAACAUUUUCUAGAGAAUCUAAAAGCACUGAUAUAUAAUUUUUCCUCCCAUCUCAUAUUUAUACAUAUCACCGCGGGUCUUUAGGGGCAACGUACAUUCGCAGUGUGGUGCUUUGAUAUUUGUGCAGUAAUUGCAAAAGAUAAAAUAAUAAACCUGAGACAUGUGGCCAAGUUGAAUCCAAGCUUCCCGUCUGUUUUUUUUUUCUUAGUGUUUGGAUAUCGACAGACCUGGAUCAAUCUGAUGGAAAUUGCAAAGACUACACAAAAUGCUUCGGACACAUUGAGCAGGUGUGACACCCAUGCAUUUCUACACUAAAGACAGUUAUGAGAUAAUCAAGUGCUA